AUGCCGCCGCGCCCCCAACGUCCCACUGCUCCUACUCAGGCUCAGACCGCUACCUCCAAGAGCUCUGGCAAAGUGGCUACCCCUAAGAAGACCGCUCAAGCCACGACCGGAACCAGCACCGGAACCAAAACUGGAACCAGCACCGGAACCAGCGCCAGAGGCAGCGGUCAAGGCACUAAAUCUGGCUUCUUUUAUGACAGACUGAUGUACCCCGAAGUCUUCUAUAAAGUCUGCUACGGAAAACAGAACCCUGGCGAGGCAACCCGCAAUCUUCAUACUUUCAAGCCGGCCUCGAUUGACGGCUACCAGCGAUACUCUGUCAAGGGUGCCGACUACCCGGGUAUUACCCCGACUACGAACCGGACGACUUCGGGCACUCUCGUUACAGGGCUUACCGCCGCGAACCUUAAGAAGCUGGACAACUUCGAGGGUAGCGGGUUCGAGCGUAAAUCCGUUACCGUUAACUUGUUGAAGAGGCUCCGAGGUGGUCAGGUCACCGACGACGGCAAGGCGUCGGGCCAAGUCUACGUCUUUAAGGACCCGCAAGGGCUUAAAGUCGACUGGAACGCCGAGGCAUCCCACCGUGACUCCCUGGCGGACCUGCACUAA